GGUGGGCAUCACCCUCGUUGAGCGACUGCAUAUCUCCAAUGCAUACCUCACACGACCACACACAACACCCAUCAUGACGACCCUAGCAGACUCAUUUUCUUCGCUCUCCGAAACCACGGCGAUCAUCGUCCCUGGACCACCCACAUUGCGCAUAAGCUACCGGCAACUGCAUGCGGAUGUCUUGGCUUUCCAGAAGAGGCUUGCGGAGUUGGGCAUUUCCCUUGGCGCUGCAGUGUCGAUUGCGCUUCCCAACAGCUACCCAUUCAUCGUCGCCUUUCUAGCCGCCUCGUGGCAGCGAGCGAUCGCCGCUCCACUGAACCCGGCAUACAAGCAGAGCGAAUUCGAGUUCUACAUUUCCGAUCUCUCCUCGGCAUUGGUCUUGGUGCCGCAGGGACAAGCCGAUGGACCCGCCGUGCAGGCCGCGAAGACACACAAUGCUGCGGUUGCAGAAUGCUACCUUGAUCCACGUACCCAUGAGGUCAUUUUGGAUGUGAAGAGUGCAGGCAAGCUGCAAGGCAAAGGAAACAAACCCGUGGAAAAGGCACAACCGGAAGAUGUCGCGCUUGUCCUGCAUACAUCGGGAACAACAGGCCGGCCGAAGGCUGUUCCCUUGUCACAUCGUAACCUGACGCGGACAAUGUCGAACAUUCAACGGACAUAUCAAUUGUCUCAGGAUGAUCGAACAAUGCUUGUUAUGCCACUCUUCCAUGUCCACGGCCUGUUAGCGGGGUUCCUUGCGCCUCUCGCUUCGGCCGGCUCGGUCAUCGUGCCUGGCGGUUUCAGCGCGAGCACAUUCUGGCCGCAUUUUGUCGAGCACAAAGCCAAUUGGUAUACGGCUGUGCCUACAAUUCACCAGAUUCUGCUCAAACGGCCGGAUCUUUGGCCCAACCCUAAGCCGAACAUUCGAUUCAUUCGAUCAUGUAGUUCACCUUUGUCACCGAAAGUCUUCCACGAGCUGGAAGCUGCCUUUGAUGCGCCCGUUCUCGAGGCCUACGCGAUGACCGAAGCUGCUCACCAGAUGACUUCAAACCCGCUUCCACCUGCGAGGAGAAAGCCUGGCUCUGUAGGACUUGGCCAGGGCGUCGAAGUAAAAAUCCUCGACCAAAGUGGAAAGGAAGUUGCACAAGGUAAGGAGGCCGAGAUUUGUAUUCGCGGACCCAACGUGACUCGAGGAUACAUCAACAACGACAAAGCCAAUGCCGAGUCGUACACCUCAGGGGGCUUCUUCCGCACUGGCGACCAAGGCAAGCUCGAUGAGGACGGGUAUGUCAUUAUCACUGGACGUAUCAAGGAGCUCAUCAACAAGGGUGGUGAGAAAAUCAGCCCCAUCGAGUUGGACAACACGCUUGCACAGCACCCCGCUGUCGCCGAAGCUGUCUCGUUUGCGAUCGAGGACGCACAUUACGGCCAGGAGGUUGGCGUCGCAGUGGUACUGAAAGAAGGACAGCAGGCUACUGAAGAGGAAUUGAAAGCCUACAUGAAAGAGAAGGUCGCCAAGUUCAAGGUGCCAAAGAGCAUCUUCUUUACCCAGACCAUGCCCAAGACUGCUACUGGCAAAGUGCAGAGGCGGAUGGUAGCCGAGGCUAUGCUCAAGGGACCAAAGGCGAAAUUGUAGUUCAAAGCAUGUUCUCACACUUUUCAGAAUUGUUUGCACAAUGUCUUUCAUAUGAUGGAAACGAAAACGAAUUCUUACAUAAGUGUCAUCGUGAGGUACAUGUACUUCAAGCCAAUGCUACUCCGCAUGUACUUUACGCACGCGAGACGGCGCGUCAUCCGAGUUCAAAUUCAGGGCUCAUUCAAGCCGAGCCACAUCUACUGUACUUUGCGGCUCAGCUGAGAGCAAUCCACAUUUCUUACACUCACGAUUCUUACAUUGUAUUGCCAUAACAAUGCGACCCAAUCACCGUAACCGAUGACAUCAAGAUCAGAGCCACUCCCCUAAUUUAUCACGAAGCAAUAUGGCGUCCAAUCCCGCGGCCGCGCCCGCUUUCCGAAAGCGACUCUACCUCCACGACCCAACCCCCGAAGAGCUCGCCGCCGACGCCGCAGAAGAAGAAAAGGCACGCAAGGCCGAAGAGAAAGCCGCCAAGAAGA